AUGGGAGCAGAUGAUAUUAUAAAUAAAGUUGUAGAGAAGUUAUACUAUAUUCAUUUGGAUAUUUUCAUAUCUAAUGACUUUGCAAAUAAUCUAAUAAUUACUGUUGUAAUAUUUUGUCUAUUUUUAAUGUUUAUAUAUAAGAUUGUAACACCAACUUCAACCAAUGAUGAACUUAUUCAUGCUUUCAGUAUUAUAGAACAAAAUAUAGAAACGCUAACUAAACAAGUAACAUCGAGAUAUAAGAAAAAUAAACACAAUAGAGAUGAUAUUGGUGAAAAUAACAACUGUGUAGAUAAAGUUUUAUUGGAUGCUGUUGAUAAUAUAACUAUUGCCUCUAAUCAAGUUACAGAAGCUAUGUAUAACUUUUUUUCUACAAUGUAUAUGGAAGAUGGUGACCUUAACAGUUCUACAGAAAAUAUUGCACAGAAGCUAUAUACACAAGAAAAUCAAGAUGUAGAAGAGAUGCAAUAUAAGAAUUCUGAUUUAAUAUAUCAUGAAGGUAAUAUAAGAGAAGAUAAUGCUGAAUUCAUCGAACACUCAUCUAAGCUACUAAAAGGUGUUGAUAAUCAACCUUUUUGGGUUAAUCAAGAUGAAAUUAUACAAGAUAAACAAAGCUAUUACCAAAUAGAAGACAAUCAAAAUCCGUUUAUACAACCUUUACAGAAUGCUUUUAUAGAAAAAAGUUCUAUGCAAAAUAAACACGGACAGUUAAGCACCUUAAAGACAUGUAAUGAAUAUUCACAUUUAAUGUAUGUAGAAAAUCAAACUAAUACGGAUCUAUUAGCCAAUUCCAAUGAAAUCAAAUACCCUCAAAAUUCAGGAAAUAAUCAAGACUCCAUAGAUAAAGAUGAAUUAAAUAUAGUUGGGGAUCCUUUCCUUGUACAGCAUACUAGUAACUCCAACUUCUAUUCAGAUAUGAUUUAG